CCGCCAGUCUAGUAGCUAGCCGGCCGGCCUGCAAGUUUGUAUAUAUAUACGAAUGGCUGUAGGAUGGUGCUGCUGCACUGCAACUGCCGCCAUCUGACUUACUCGUCGACGUCGUACUCACGUGCUAUUGCUGACAUAGUCGAAGGCCGCCAUGGGCUGCUUGCUCCGCCGUCUGUUCCCCUUCCUGGUCGGCGCGGCCGUCGGGGUGUACGCGGCGCAGAACUACAAGGUGCCCAACAUCCGGCGCCUCGCCGACCGCGGCGCCGACGCCGCCAGGCGCUACGAGGAGGCCUACCGCAAGAAGCCUGCUGCCGCCGCGGACGACGACGCCCGUCCCGUCGGCGGCUGCAGGAAGAAGAAGGUGGUGCAGGUGGAUAUUGACGACGACGACCAAGAGUAGGUAGCCACGGUACGCGCGUUGCCUGACGCCGCCGCUGGACGGUGGAUGCAUGCUGCGAAUUAGUUAGUUACGUUACGUUACGUUACGUUACGUACAGUAUUUUUUUACCUGUAUAGGAGUGUCUGUAUAUAUGUAUGCUUGCGCUGCUUACAGUAUAUGUAGUUAUUUCUCGCAGUGGGUUUCCUCGAUUUACCAUGUACUACUACUACGAGUUGCUUGAGAUGUGGAUUAAGAAAUAAUAAUAAGAAAAGAUUACGGUAAA